UUUCUGAACUCUGCUUUUAUUUUUUUUCCCUCUCGCUCACUUAGCCCGCCCCCCGUUUUCCGCCUUACUUCCGCCACUUUCUUCUCGCGCCGUUUUCCUCGCUGAUUUUCUUGGUUUUUGAGGUUUCUAGACGACGGCCCCCACAUUUUGUUCGUGUUUUAAGUUCGUUGUUGUUGUUGCUCGGAGGAGUCGUGUUCGCCGGCGGCGCAUUCCUGGAAGCAGUUGGCGGUGCGUCAUGACCGUCUCAAUCGACUGCGGACAACGGAUUCAUUCGGUUCAAAUAACGUGACGUACGAUGAUAACACGACGUUUUAUACAUCACUCCUAUUCGUCCUCUUGCAAAUCUCUCUCUGGCGAUUUCACGUUUGUACGUCUCCCUACGAAUAGCACACAACAGUCCGUAAAUAGCACCUUAUAAUGUGACGUGCUAACCAACGGAAAACAGAACGUCUGUGUUUGUCAUUCUUGUCCGGUUUUUGGCGCUGUUUUUGUUCUUAACAUGAUGCACCAAUUAGCCCAACAGCAAAAACUAUUAUGAAAGGAAGUCUCAACACUUAGUUUGUUGAGUAUGGCUGAGUAAAUCCGCUCCAAUUGUGGUUCUUGCCCUUACAGUUUCCAUACAUUUCUUUAUAUUCUUAAGUACUUCUAUUACCAAUAGAAUUUCGUACUAACUUCUAAAUACCACAAGUACAACGCGACGUACACAAAUGUGUUGCAUUAUCCGCGGCGUUUGCAGACGUAGACUAAUAUAGCGCUAUGGUAGCGCCAAAAAGCACCUAGCGGAUUUCAAGUGCACCAACUUGCGGCCACUGCUUCGAGUUGUCGCACCAUGUGUUUUCUCGACCGUAGCAGAUGCCUCUGGUCCUUGUGGUUGCUCUGCAAGUAUCGGUUGCUGUCUGACGUGGGUGGUUUUGAGAAGAUUGGCACCAACAUGAAAGUAGCUAGCGGUUUAAAUUCACGCCUCUGGUGCAUCGCAACGUGUCGGCUGCCUUCAGCAUCAACGAGCAUCUCGUAAUGACUGAUAUAUGGAAAUAUUUGUGUGCAUCGCAAAGCAGCAGAAGACCCGGUCAUCCAGUGGCAUAAGAUGAUCGAAGUGCAAGCAAAGCUGCUGCGCGAUGUCGUCUAUGUCGCUGGAGACAGUGUUGAAUGCUUGGUCACCUUCACCAACAAGCAGCCCGAUGCAAAUUGCAACGAGCCAAAUGGCAACAGCAUCAAGAGAAUUCCCGAGAAUAUUGCCUGGGCCAGCGCUCAGAUACACUGCCAUUGCUCGGUGGACGAGUCCAAAAUCCGGUUUCCCAAGUCUCCGUCUCAAGAGCAGAUGGCCACAGGCUCCAAGGACACCUCAUUUAUUCCGUGCCGAGGUGAAGGUGAAAAAGGCUACGUUGUAUUCUCCUCCAAGCCUAAGAUCUUGUUUUGCGACCUUCGGCUGCUACCUGGGGAAAGCAAAUCAUUCAUGUACAAAGAAGCCAUUCCUUCCUCUGUGCCACCAUCAUACAAGGGCCAAGCAGUACGUUACGCUUACAAGGUCACUAUCGGUGCACAGAGGGUCAAUGCAUUGACGAGGUUGCUCCGAAUACCUAUCAAGGUCUUCGUGGUCGAAGGUCUGAUGGAAGCACUAAAGGAGCGUCUGGCCAAAGCAGCUCCAAGCAACCCAUUCCUUCCAACAGCAAGCCGCCAGUCAGUGCUCGAAGUAGCUGUAGAUUUCUUGGAGGACCUGACAUCUCGAAGAAGACCUAGCUACUACAAUGUGACGCACCAGAAUGGACGGGUUGUGCGUUUCUGCCUGCUCAAGUCGUGCUUCCGCCUGGGUGAAGACAUUGUUGGCAUGUUCGACUUCUCUGAAGCAACGGUCCCCUGUGUGCAGUACUCGGUGACACUGCAGAGUGAAGAGCACAUUUCUGCAGCUGCGUCAGCCACGGGCGAGGCUGUGCAUUCUACGCUUGGACAUUGCCGGCAGCAUGCCUUCUGCCUGCAUCUGCGCACUACACACCUGCACCUACCGGUACCACUACAUGUCACACCAACGUUUGGCUCCGAUAUCGCUGAAUUGCGUUGGAAGCUCCACUUCGAAUUUGUGAUGACUACGUCCCCGGUGAUGCAGCCAGGGCAGCAAGUGCCGAGCUCCGGCGACUGGCAACCUCCAGCAGUGCUGGACGUGCAGACUAUGGUGUGGGACUUGCCCAUAUGCUUGUAUCCAACACACCCUGGUCACGUCAGCAGUGCCCUCAAAGCGCCAUCCCAAAUGACUCUGCAAAUCUGCUGACCAUUGCCCAGCAACAGUGCUGCGCUCAUGCCUGGAAACUGCUCUGCCCACAGCUGACAAAGCGAGAGCAGCUUGCAGUUUGUGUUUUGCACGAUGGAACCUCUUGAGCUGCAGCCAUGUGCAUCCAGCUAACACUUGGGCUUACAUUCAGCUGCAAAUUUUUCAUCCUUCACUUACCUUGAGGUUCACUGUUGUUUACAGUCCUCUUUGAAUGCUCCCAAGCCUCUGGGGCACUAACUUCAGUAGAGGUUGAAUAGCGCUGCCACUCCAGUGCACUUUGGCUGCAGGGAGUUAGGAAGGCAUCCAUCUUAACACUCUACACCUUUGGAGGUGCGCAACGAGUUCCACCAAAUGGCCCAGAAGUGAUGGUGGCUGUGUUCACAGUGGCUCGAGAAAUUUUUGUUGUGGGCUGUGCACUUCUGGGAGCUAUUUCUUGUUUGUGAGGGACAGCUAGCUUUGGAAUUGCUGAGUUGCUUGCAGUUGACAUUUAAUUAUGUGCAAGUUGGAGAAACCUGCUUUUGCUGUUGUUUGUAGUACGUUAUCAGGCUUCAGUAGUUUGUUCCGACAAUGCUGGGCCUUCUUAUUCUGUUGAAUGCCAUUAUAGGUGUGCGCUUCGUGUUGGAAAAGUUUCGUUUUAUCGCUUAAGGGGACAUUACGGGCCUCCUUUGGAAGUUUGGGGCAAGCCAUUCAUUUUUGCUUUUUCUGCGAAGUGUCAUCGUGCAGUUAUAGAAAAGUAAGCAGGGCCGUCAGUUAUAGAAGAGUAAGCAUGGCCAUUUUGAGACUUCCUCUACGAUGCUUAUGGGUUAUAAGUUUUGCAGCUGCUCCUAUUUGUUGCUUGAAUUGACGACUGUAUUGAGAUCAUAUGUAGGUCCCGCCAAUUUUCUUCUUUGAAAGCUCAAAGUACAAACAAAUGCGCAGGUGUUGCGGAAUAGAAAUGAGGACGGCACGCAGUUUCGUGCAUAAUUGCUCACGAGUGCUUGCGCGGCACAAUUGUGUAGUGCUGACAUCGCAUCAAGUUUGGGUGACUGGAGAGAAUCUUUUUUUUUUUAUGUGCGCGCUUGUGUGUGCGAUUGUUCCACCACAUGUACAUUGGCCAGAGUUACGAAUGCAACGUACGUUAGUGUGUGCAACUCUCCAGUGCCUCUCACAUUGGACGACGUUUAAGUACAGGUGGCUGCCAGUGGCAGUCUUUUAAAUACUUUUUGGAUAUCCAGCUGCGCCGAAUGAUGUUGACAUACUAUUGAUUGUGCCUGGUAUAUCUGUAAGAUAUGUGAAGAAUCUUCACCAUUAAGGGGUAAGAUCACUGUAAAUAGACCAUUUCUGGCAGCUCCACUGUUACGCCAAGCAUUCGACACACGUGUUGGUCUUGUACUUGUAACGUAUAUAGUAUUGUUACCUUUCUAUGUUGCACAUUUUUUACUUGUGCUGUACAUGCUGUGAGGGACUCGCGCAAGGUGUAGGUGAUCUGAAAGCAGAUCUGUUAGCUUGUAUUGCGGUUCGAUAUAUAUGGAAGGCUUUUUUUUUUUUUUUUCACUGUAGCGUAAUUUUGAUGCGCGAUAUCUGCACGCCAACACAAAGCAAGUAUAAUCACCUUGAGAUCUUUCUUGCUUUUGAGAAGAUAAUGUUUUUGACUCACUUAUUGUUACUACACAGUUCCAAUACUAAAGUCGAGAGAAAUAAAAACGUUGCCAUUAAAAUUU